GGUCCAACGAACUAUUUGAUGAAACAAUAAGCGAAAAUGAUAAUAUAAGUCACCAACUCAUAUAUGACACAGACUCUUCGGAUGAAGAAUCAGACGUUUCUUCACUUAAAAUAACCUUAG